AUGUCCAUGGUACAGAUCAGGAAAGUGGAGGAUUUGAUUGUGAAAUAUCAGAAAAAGAAGAGGACAGUGGCUGGGAUCAUCGUGGAGCCCAUCCAGUCUGAGGGGGGAGACAACCACGCAUCUGACGAUUUCUUCCGGAAGCUGAGAGACAUCUCCAGGAAGCAUGGCUGUGCCUUCCUGGUGGAUGAGGUCCAGACAGGAGGGGGCUGCACUGGCAAGUUCUGGGCCCACGAGCACUGGGGCCUGGAUGACCCUGCAGAUGGAAUCUUCAUCCUGCAGACGACCUUCAGGAAGAAGAUGAUGACCGGGGGCUUCUUCCACAAGGAGGAGUUCGGGACCAAUGCUCCGUACCGGAUCUUUAACUCCUGGCUGGGAGACCCAUCCAAGAACCUGCUGCUGGCCGGGGUCAUCAAUGUCAUCAAGCGAGAGGACCUGCUGAGUAACGCAGACCAUGCCGGGAAGGCCCUACUCACGGGGCUGCUGGAUCUCCAGACCUGGUACCCUCAGUUCAUCAGCAGAGUAAGAGGACGAGGCACCUUCUGCUCCUUUGACACUCCAGAUGAGUCCAUACGGGAUAAACUCAUUUUAAUAGAAACAAAGCCUGUGGCUGAGCCCAAGCUCCUAACCGACCUCCUGCCAUUUCUUUCAGGCAUGGUGUUGGGGGGCUGUGGGGACAAGUCCAUUCGUUUCCGUCCCACUCUGGUCUUCAAGGAUCACCAUGCGCACCUGUUCCUCAAUAUUUUCAGUGACAUCUUAGCUGACUUCAAGUAA